CCUCCUUCUUCCUCAUCGCCGGCCGCAGCCUUCUACUCACCGGCCAUCACUGUCUCUCUCUUUCGUUCUCUUUGUUUUUCUCGGUUUUUUGCUUUGAAUCCUUCAUCUUCGGUAAGUUCUUCCCACGCCAUUAGUGUUGAAGGUUACUGUGAGUAUUUAUCAAGCAUUUCGUUCCCGUCUGGUGUCUCCAAGGUAUCCCGAGCACUGACCAAACCACCGCAUGUCCCGAGCAAUGCUACUGAAAACCACCGUCAGAGCAGUGUCUCCGAUUUCUCUCCUCCCUUCCCUUUCUUCCUCUUUCGUUUUCUUCUUUUCCUCCCCAAAACCUUAUCCUUUUAACCUAAAACCUCUCAACCUAACCGUCAAUUGCAAAUCAUUUUCUAUCUCCUCCGCAAUUUCCCCAAUUUCUUCAACAAAUUUUCAAACCCAAACCCUAGUUUCGGAUUUGGAACCCUAUUUGUCAUGUUCUAUGCCUGGUAAGCGCCUUAAAGUCGCUGUUCUUGUUAGCGGUGGUGUUGAUAGUAGCGUCGCUUUGAGGCUUCUUCAUGAAGCUGGUCACUCUUGCACCGCUUUUUAUCUCAAAAUUUGGUUCCAGGAGGAUUUUGAAAACUUUUGGUCAGAAUGCCCUUGGGAAGAUGAUUUGGGUUACGCUAAGGCUGUUUGUGAUCAGGUUGAUGUUCCGUUGGAAGUUGUCCAUCUCACCGAUGAGUACUGGGAAAAAGUGGUCUCUUACAUCAUUGAAGAGUAUCGAAAUGGUCGUACUCCUAAUCCUGAUGUUCUCUGCAAUACACGAAUAAAAUUUGGUGCAUUCAUGGAUGCAAUCAGCGGUAUGGAUUUUGAUUAUGUUGCCUCAGGACAUUAUGCAAAUGUAAUUCAUCCAUCAGGUGGUGAAGUAAAUAAGGCUUCUGUUCUAGAGCUUUCAAGUGAUAUGGUUAAAGAUCAAACUUACUUCCUGUCACAUCUCGAUCAAAGUCAGCUUAAGCGUCUGAUUUUUCCUUUAGGCCGUCUAUCAAAGGAUGAAGUUCGUAAACUUGCCACUGACUUUGUUCUACCAAACAAAGAUAGGAAGGAUUCACAAGGGAUAUGUUUUCUUGGAAAAAUUAAAUUUAGUGACUUUGUUGCACGGCAUAUUGGGGAGAAGGAAGGUGUCAUACUGGAAGCUGAAACUGGAGAUUUCCUUGGGAAGCACCGUGGUUUUUGGUUCUACACCAUUGGUCAACGUCAAGGUCUACGUCUCCCUGGGGGACCAUGGUAUGUAGUUCAGAAGGACACCAAAAACAAUGUAGUGUUUGUUUCAAGAAACUAUUACUCGGUUGAUAAAAGAAGACGAGUCUUUCGUGUUGGGUCUCUGAAAUGGCUUAGUGGGCUGCUUCUGAACAACGUGAGUGAGCUUCAGUGCAAGGUUCGACAUGGCCCUAACUUUUAUAACUGCAGUUUAACAAUGGAACCUAGUGAUAAUUGCAAUGGAGAUGUUGCAGUUGUUCAUCUAUCAGAAGAUGAUCAAGGUUUAGCAGCUGGGCAGUUUGCAGCUUUCUACCAAAGAAGAACAUGCAUUGGCUCUGGUAUAAUACUCGAAUCCUGGGAUGAUGAAGGUUUCCCAGUUUGCGAGAAGGCUCUUGAAAUUGCUAGAAUGGAAGACAAGUCAAAGCUAGGAAAACCAGUCAAAAUCAAGGUUAAACCAGAAAGUUCUCCUGUGGGUGCCAUUGAGAAGCCCGUUACUGUCGAUUCAUUAGGCAUGACCAUUGAAAAAGUGGAAGCUGAACAGCAGACUACUACUAGCUUAUCACCUAAUUGGGUGCAAUCGCUCAAGCGUAAAAUUUUGCAGUUGUUUUAGUUCUCUUAGAUUGGCCUACCAGCUUUUGUGUAUCUAGUAUAUCUAUAUCUGUUCUUAUAAAUUGUAGCAGGUUCCACAGGCAUCAGCAGUGUGUUUAAAAUGGUAGUUGUAUUUGCACGAUUUAUAAAUACAUUUAUAUUUUAGAUCUUGAAUUUUGAUCCUCACCUCAGUGGAUAUAUUUAAAAAGAUGUUGAUUCAACAUACAUACAUUGAAGAUGUUAGUUGUCCAUUCUUGGAUUUAAAAAUUAUGGUAGUUUUUUUUAGUUCCAUUAUAGUGAAUAAUAUUAAAAUGACUAAUUAUUAUUUAUGCUUCAUAUUUGUGUGAAAUUGAAUAACUUUGUGCAUACAAAAUUCCAUUGAACCCUACCUAAGUGAGAUUGAAUUGGGUGCAGAUGGAUUGAAAUGGGUGAACAGAAACUGCUAAUAGCAACUUCAUCAAAAUAACUCCCUUGCAGCAAUUAGUAUGCCUUGGUCCACCCUAAACAAGUCCUAAAUCCUAAUAUACAUUGUCCAUGUAGAUCAAGGAAGAAAAAUGAGAACUAGAGAUUAGAAAGCAAAAGUUAGUGGGUGUGUGUGGAAAGUAGACCCUAAAUUGAGAGUAUGGUUUGUUUGGGGUGUCGUUUUAAGUAGUGUUUAGCAGUUUAUGACCAAAACACUACUUAAUUAAAAAUAUUUGUAUUCGGCAUUUUAGGAUUUUUAACUAGCAUUAAGCGGCUUGAUAGUAAUUAAAACUUUGAA